AUGGCAACUAGAGAGCAUGUUCAGGAGCUUGGUGGUUGGCACACAGUUCUAGGGAAUGGUGAGUUCAGCAUUCACAAAGUAUACCUGAAAUUGAGGACAUACCAUACUUGGGUUCCUUGGAGAAGGGUGAUAAAAAACAACAAAGCAACCCCUAGAAGUGUGUUUAUUCUUUGGCUAGCAGCUCACAAAAGACUUGCAACAUCAGAUAGAAUUAUGAAGUGGAAUGUUCAGUGUAGUAGCAUUUGCAAGCUCUGUGAUGCUGCAAAUAAAUCUAUUGAGCACCUGUUUUUUGAGUGUCAGUACUCUAGUGCAGUUUGGAUGCAGAUUCUAAGUAUUAUAAACAUCUGCAGAAGAGGCAAUGGCUUUAGUCAUGAACUACAAGAAGUAUGUAGGAAAGCUCAUAGCAAUACAAGAAGAGCUCGAGUCUAUGUCAUGCUGUUUACUGAAACAGUUUAUAUGGUCUGGAUCCAGAGGAACUUGAAGAUUUUCCAAAACAACCUGAUGCAAACUGAGAGACUCGUCAGAGAAAUUAUAUUUAGAGUGACUGCUAGAUGUAAUGAUGAGGAUAGGCUGUUGCUAAUUGCUUAA